AUGGUUAUGGAACACCGCAAGCGUGCAGCACGAGCGUGCGAUGAGUGCCGAAGACUUAAGGAGAAGUGUGAAGGUGGAGCCCCUUGCAGGAGAUGCUCUCAUUUUCAGAGACAGCAGUAUCUAACAUUCAUUAGAGACAGGACUGGGAGAUCUGACUUCCCAGAAUUGAUUGAGCGCACAAGGUACAUGGAACGUAUCUUAAAGCGCACAAUAGAAGGGAUAUCUUUGGAUACCAAGAGUCUGGGCAAGUUGGCAGACGCGCUUGACACUGAUUAUCAUGAUAAAGGCGCAAUUUCCUCCGAUCCUAAAGAUCUUGAGAGUCUUGGGAUGGACGAUGAGACUUGUACAAUGGAUCCAGUUGGAGAUAACACAACUCACUUUUCUGGGGAGUUUUCAUAUUGGAAUUUCUCCAUGCGCAUUAAAAGUCACAUACAAAGCCAAAUCAAGGAGCCAGAUACACGAUACCCUGAUCAUUCCUCGGACUUUCCACGCGCCCAUCACUUACGCCCCUCAAAUAAUCACCUAUCGGCGGCAAUAUCAUCUUGCCCUCCUCGACAUAUUGCCAAUUUUCUAGUGAAAAUAUUCUUCAAGUACUCAGAGACCCACUACUAUUUAGUGCAGGAAUCAUGGGUCUUAUCAAAACUCGACCUACUCUACCAUAACCCAGAAAGCUUUUCUCACAAAGGUGCGGAAGUCACCGUUGCCAUUAUAUUAUCGGUGUUUGCAAUUGGAACACAAUACGCUCAUCUUGAAUCUCUCGGGCAAGCUCAGACGAGUGCGUCAGGAUCAACUUUCUCGGAGGAUGACGUUGGUGCCACGUUUUAUCAACAAGCAAUCCGUCUGUUACCUGAAAUCAUUGAAAUAGCUUCUCUCGAAAGUGUGCAGGCUUGCUUAUUAUUUGGCUACUAUGCGCUACCAGUCGACGCGUCUGGGUUAGGAUUCAUUUAUAUCAACCUUGCCAUGCGCCUUGGAAUGCAGAAUGGUAUGCACCGGAAAUGCAAAAAUGAGGCCUUUUCGCGCUCCAUGAUUGAAACGCGGAAUCGUGUUUGGUGGACGGCGUACGUAUUAGAGAGGUACGGAUAUUCUGAAGAUAUCUAUCUUUCACGGAAGACCUCUUUCGCUAGUCUGCAGCCACAAGACUGCCCUGGAAGCAUCACUCGAGCUGAGAUCUCCAUUCAAUUGGUUCAUUUCCUUGAAGACACCUUCCAUGAGAUCAACCUCCUGCGAAAUUGCCAAAAACAAGAGAUAUCCAAGAUUGUCUCACGCCUCUUAACAACAAAAAGCGCCCUGACAAAGUGGUGGAAUUCUCUUCCGAAUGAUGUCGUGGCCGUCCGAGCUGAGCAACCCGAACAUAUCCGAUCUGCAAUGCACCUGAAGCUAGAAUACUGUCUAGUGCGAAUGUUUGUCGGCAGACCAUUCCUCCUCAAACAGGAAACCUCACAAUCCAACACAAGCUCACCGUCCCAUUCCGACGCAAUUGAGAAUCAGUCCCGAUUAACCGAUGGUGGAUCCCAAAAAUCUACAUCAGGCCGAAAUGACCUGAUUCAUGAUUGUAUCCAAGCAGCAACCGAAGCACUUGAUAUCUGUCAAAUAUUGCGAGACAGUGGCUUAGGCCUCGCACGAGCGUCAUACAUCGAGUACAGUUCGUGCCGGGCCUCGCUGCUCGUAUUAAUCGCCUACUCAAUUCAAAAAUUUUCUGAACAGUUCCGCAAAUCCUUAUAUGAAGGCUUGGAUAUGAUUCGAGAAAUGUCUGCCGCCGGUGAAUCGGCUCGGUCGGAGGUUUCCUUGAUCGAGUCACUUGAGCGUGCUCUUGCCCGGCUGCAUACUGGAGCGCGAAAUGAUCGCCAGGGCGAACCUCAGCGAAAUUCAAUAUCUGAUUACGAAGCGUUCAAGAACUGGGGAGCAUAUUUGGCCGAAGAAGGAAAACUGGGUUACUCUGGAUCAGCUCCGGAUGCUUCAACUAGUCGGGUAUCUACGGCAGUUUUGCCAACUGAUGACGUUGCUGCCUUUGGUAACCAGCAGGACUGCAUGCCUGAAGCUGACAAUGACCUGUUCAAUGCCUUCGAUCCUAUGAUUCAGAUGUCUAUAUUCGGUACUGAGAAUCUAUCUCCAUCGGCUGGGUGGCCAACCUACACCGAGGCGCAAGUUUUGGAGCAUUUCCUAACAAACCCGCACUACGGAGCAGACUGA